GGGCAUUUGCCGAGCGGCCGCGCUGCGGAGGCGCCUCUUGUCCCCGCCGCCGCCUCGUCGACCGUUCGCGGCCAUGAACGCGCCGCCCGCCUUCGAGAGUUUCCUGCUGUUCGAGGGGGAGAAGAAAAUAACAAUAACAAAAGACACAAAAGUGCCAAAUGCAUGCCUAUUCACCAUUAACAAGGAGGACCAUACCCUGGGUAAUACCAUCCGAUCGCAGUUGUUGAAGGACCCUCAGGUGUUAUUUGCAGGUUACAAAGUACCACAUCCUCUAGAACAUAAAAUUGUUAUCCGUGUGCAGACUACUCCGGACUACAGUCCACAAGAGGCAUUUACAAAUGCCAUCACUGAUCUGAUUAGCGAGUUAUCCCUUCUGGAGGAGCGGUUCCGGGUUGCCAUUAAAGAUAAACAAGAAGGAAUUGAAUGAGAAGUUGACAUCAGAAUGUGUUAUAUUUGCAAUUCACUUUUAAAAAUAUCAUUGUUUGACCAACUUGAUGACAAAAUAAAAUUAAGCUUUUAUAAAAUGUU